UAGGAAAGAUUAGAAGAGAGAGGGAAGGAGGAAAAAAAUCCAAAACGGUUGAUUGCGCGCCCAAUUGCUAUUCAAAUUUGUUCAUUCAAAAUUGGGUUUUGACAUUUCCUUUUUGGUGCCAACAGAAACAACGAAAUGGACGCAACGAGCUCUUACAAGACGGUGGAGGACACAUACCAAAAGCUGACUCCAAGAGAGCAUGUAUUGUUGCGACCAGAUACAUAUAUUGGCUCGGUGGAACGGACAACUCAAACCUUAUGGGUAUACGAUAGAAAAGACCAACGGAUGAGCUUUCGUGAAGUAUCAUUCGUCCCUGCGCUGUACAAAAUUUUUGAUGAAAUCUUAGUCAAUGCAGCUGAUCAUAAGCAACGUGACCCUUCCAUGAAUACGAUUCGUGUUGAUAUUCACAAGGAGGAUAACAAAAUAUCCAUAUAUAACAAUGGGAAGGGCAUCCCCGUAGAGAUACACAAAAAAGAAAAUAUCUAUGUUCCAGAAAUGAUUUUUGGCCAUCUUCUCACAUCAUCCAACUAUGAUGACAGUGAAAAGAAAGUUGUAGGAGGAAGAAAUGGUUAUGGUGCAAAGUUGACCAAUAUUUUUUCCAAGUCAUUUAUUGUGGAGACUGCAGACUCCCAGAGAGGGCUGACAUACCGUCAAGAGUUUAGUAAUAACAUGUCCAGUAGAAAAGAUCCCAAGAUAAUGUCUAAUAAGAAAGAUGACUGGACGAAAAUCACUUUUGUUCCAGACUUGGAAAAAUUCUCCAUGACUCAUUUAGACGAAGAUAUUUUAGCCUUGUUUCAGAAGAGAGUAUUCGAUGUAGCCGGUUGCAAUCCCACAGUCAAGGUUUAUUUCAAUGGGGAACAUCUUCCUAUCAAGUCAUUCCGUGACUAUUGUGAACUCUAUUUGAUAGAUAAGGCUGAUGUGCCUCGCAUUUAUGAGUGUAAUGGAUCUAGAUGGGAGGUGAUGUUGUCCGUCAGUGAAGGACAGUUUACUCAAGUCAGCUUUGUAAACUCAAUUUGGACAAUGAAAGGUGGCACGCAUGUCAAUCAUAUUGUGGAUCAAAUUAUUUCCAAAGUGAAUGAACAUAUUGAAAAGAAGCAUAAAGGCUUAAAACUGAAACCUUUUCAAAUCAAGAAUCAUCUCUGGGUGUUCGUCAAGUGCCUCAUUGAAAAUCCAGCCUUUGAUUCGCAGACCAAAGAAAACAUGACUUCGCGACCCAACACUUUUGGUUCAUCUUGUCCCUUAUCUGAGGAGUUUAUGAAGAAAGUUAUGAAAUCUAGCAUACUGGAAAAUGUUCUUUCCUUUGCAAAAAUGAAGCAGACUUCAGAGUUGAAGAAGACUGAUGGAGGCAAAGCGAAGAAGAUUUUAGGUAUACCAAAGUUGGAUGAUGCGAAUUAUGCUGGAACAAAGGAAUCCUUUUACUGUACUUUGAUUCUGACAGAAGGAGAUUCUGCGAAAGCACUGGCAGUUUCGGGUUUAUCAGUAGUAGGUCGUGACUACUAUGGUGUUUUUCCGCUACGAGGCAAGUUGUUGAAUGUAAGAGAAGCUUCUCACAAGCAAAUAAUGGAAAAUGCCGAAAUUAACAAUUUGAAGAAGAUAUUGGGUUUACAACAUGGGAAAGUAUAUGACGAUGAAACUAUAAAGACUCUACGAUAUGGUCAUGUGUUGAUCAUGACGGAUCAGGAUAAUGAUGGAAGUCAUAUCAAGGGUUUGCUUAUCAAUUUUUUCCAUCACUUCUGGCCGAGUUUGUUAGAAGUGAAGGGCUUCCUUCAAGAAUUCAUUACUCCGAUUGUCAAGGCUUCCAAAGGAAAUCAAGUUGUCACCUUUUUUACUAUACCAGAAUACAAAACUUGGAGGACGUCUUUAGAGCAGGAAACCUUAAAGGGUUGGACCAUCAAGUAUUAUAAAGGUCUUGGUACUUCAACUGCUGCGGAAGCAAAAGAAUACUUUUCUCAUUUAGAUCUUCAUGUUAUUGAUUUUAUAUGGUCUGGAGAACACGAUAUGGUUGCUAUCGACAUGGCAUUCUCGAAGCAGCGAGUGCAAGAACGAAAGGAAUGGCUGGCUGAUGUUGAUCCUGAUACAUACUUUGACCAUAUCGCGGAUGAUCUUACUUAUUCGAAUUUUGUCAACAAAGAACUUAUUUUAUUUUCACUUUCUGAUAAUGCUCGCUCUAUACCCUCGGUUAUUGAUGGUUUGAAACCUAGUCAACGUAAAGUUUUAUUUGGCUGCUUUAAAAAGAAGUUGACGAGAGAUAUCAAAGUUGCGCAAUUGGCCGGUUAUAUAGCAGAAAAUGCAGCUUAUCAUCAUGGAGAAAUGUCUCUCAUGGCAACGAUUGUAGGAUUGGCACAAAAUUUUGUAGGUGCGUGUAAUAUCAAUCUUUUGGUUCCUUCCGGUCAGUUUGGUACUCGUUUACAAGGCGGAAAAGACGCUGCUUCUGCUCGUUAUAUAUUUACCAGACUUGCUCCCAUUACACGUUAUCUCUUUCCAGAAGCAGAUGAUGCCGUACUUCACUAUUUAGAAGAAGAUGGACUAUCGAUUGAACCCAAUUAUUAUUGUCCUAUUAUUCCUCUCGUUUUAGUGAACGGUGCUGAAGGUAUCGGUACUGGAUGGUCUACUAACGUUCCUUGUUACAACCCAAAAGAUGUCAUUGAAAAUAUUCGUCGACUUAUUCAUGGACACGAGCCUCAUACAAUGCAUCCUUGGUAUAGAGGCUUCCGUGGAUCCAUUUGUUUCUCGGGUUCUAGUACUUAUGAUAUUUAUGGAAAAGUAUAUCGAGUGCGUGAUCAUUUGGUCCGCAUAACUGAGCUUCCAUUGAAGACAUGGACGACGCCCUAUAAAGAAUGGUUAGAAAGCAUCAUGUUGUCUUCAGAACAACAUAAAUCUGGAGAAACAAGUUUUAUAAAAGAAUUGUUCGACAGAAGUACGGAAAGGUUGGUCGACUUUCUCAUCAACUUACAUGAAGAAGCCUAUAAACAAUGUGAAACACAAGGCUUUCACAAAAAAUUCAAAUUGGGCUCAACUCUAUCAACUUCCAAUAUGGUCUUAUUCAAUGCAGAAGGUAAGAUUCAGAAAUACGACGAUCCCAUCGAUAUGUUGAAAGAAUUCUUCCAUAUUCGCCUACGGCUAUAUGAAUCCCGCAAGCAGUAUCUUCUUCAAGAACUCACAGUUCAGGUUGAGAAACUAGAAAAUCGUGUUCGCUUUAUUCUCCAAGUUAUUCAAGGCGAAAUCAAAGUAGCCAAUGUGAAAAGAAAAGACCUCAUUGUCACAUUGACCAAGCAUCAUUUUAAGAAAAUUUACAACAAUAAUACUGUCUCGGACAACAAAGACGAAGAAGAGGAAAAAGAAAAUGAUAGUGAAACUGGCAGUGGCUAUGACUAUUUGCUAUCUAUGCCCAUUUGGAGUCUUACCCAAGAAAGAAUCACCAAACUUACCGAAGAACGAGAUAAGAAGAUAGAAGAAAUGAAAAGAUUGGAGCAAACCGCGCCAUCAGACCUUUGGUUACAGGACCUAGAGAAACUGGAGCAAAUAUUGGAUGAAAGCUUAAGUUGGGAAGAAGAAGAGUCAUUGUCUUUGAAACAGGCAGCAAUGGAAGCAAAGAAACAACAAAAAACGAAGCUUAAAGGCAAAAAGAAUAUUUUGAUGCAGUCUCUACUUGCCAACGCGGAACAAGAUGAUAAAAACUUGGAAGAAAUUCCUCCACCUUCCUCGAGAAAAGCUUCACAAGCCAAGAAACAGAGCAAAAAUUCAAAGUUGAGCGUCACCUAUCCAAAAGUCUCAGAAGACACGCUAGGAAUAAGUUGGGUAGGAGGCCGGCAGGACGACAUGGAUAUUUCGAUGUCUCAAACAAAAGUUACGUCUCCCUUCAAGUACAAGAAUCCACCUAUCAAUGAUACGGAAGAUGCGGAAGUGGAAAGCUUACGGAAAAGGUUGGAAACUAAUAUACAACUGGGUAACCACCAAUUCUUACAUACAAAACAAGGAAAAGAAAAAACAAAGCAAUUGCGGCCGUUGCAUAAGUCAACUCGAGAAAAUAUAACAACAUCCAAAGCAACCACCUUUACGAAUCAGUCGAAGAAUACAAAGUCACAGGCCAAAAAAGAAACACAAAAAUCAAGCAACAAAAGCGUUGAGAAUACACAAGCACAGCAACAGUCGUCGUUAUUCAACAACGAAGCAAAGGAAGCUAGCCAGACUCGACAUACGAGAAAGUUACAGUCUGAUUUGUUGUCCAAGAGAGUCCCUGUUUAUGUAGUGAGUGACUCUGAAGAAGAAGACCACGAUAGUGAAUAUCAGGUUGAUGACGAGGAAGAUACCGAUUUUAGUCCAUAAAGAAAAAGCAUUUGUUGAUGACUACUUUGUGGAAGUGAGGUUCUUCAUC